CUAAAAUAUGGAAAUAGCAUGCAACUCAACAAAUAAAAACAAAUCCAAUUAUUUCUUCCUUUAAUUUCUAAUUACAAGUAAUCCUUCUUGUAGAUCAAUUUUUUUGGAAACAACUACUAACCUUUAUUUCUUUCAAUGGAGGAUCAACUUGAAGUAGAUGUGAAGAUAAUAUCAAAGGAAAUGGUUAAACCAUCAUUUCCUCCACUCUCGAAUCCCACAACGUUCACCCUUCCCUUCAUCGAUCAAAUUUUCCCUACCUUUCACAUUCCCUUGCUCCUUUACUACACUUCGAACCCCUCAACACAACAAGGCGAAAUUGAUAUAAGUGGUUUGAAAACAUCCCUAAGCCAAACACUUGAUCAAUUUCUCCCUCUUGCAGGUCGACUCAUGGAUGAGUCGACCAUUUCAUGUAACAAUGAAGGCAUACCAUUGAUUGAAACUAAAGUCAACUGUCAUCUCUCUGUCGCGUUGACAUCACCUCAUAAGGUGAAGUUACUUCCCAAAUUUCUCCCUCCUCCAGAUUUACAGGCUUCUGGAUUGCAACCAAUCUCAGAACUUGUACCUUUAGCCUUUCAGAUCAAUGUUUUCGUAUGCGGAGGGGUGGUAAUUGGAUGCUACAUGCUCCAUAAAUUCCUCGACGCAGGCUCCAUUGGAACUUUCUUUAGGUAUUGGUCAGCCCUCAAUAGUAAACGAUUACAAGACCUAGCUCCGCCUCACUUUGAAGCCACUGUCAAUGCAUUUCCACCCUACCCUAAGAAAGAACACAUACCUUCGUUUAAUGCUCUAGAUUUACUUCCCCAUCCUACACAAACAAAGUUGACUUUUGCGAUCAAAAGUUUCAUUUUCGAUACAAGUUCCAUAAAUAUACUUAAGACCAAGGCAGCUAGCAAGCUAAUUUAUAAACCUACAGGAUUUGAAGUCGUGCUAGGAUUUCUUUGGGAGCAUAUAUUGGCCACGAAGCAUAAUUUGAGUUUGCAAGUUGAACGUACAUCGGUAACAAUUGCUGUGAACAUGCGGCCAAGGAUGAGCCCACCACUCCCUAGAGAAUCCAUGGGGAAUAUCAUCAUAACACCAAAUGUAUUAGUGCCCGAAGAAAGUAACAACAACAAGUUUCAAGAGCUUGUUAAGGAAAUCCAUUCAACUUUGUCAACUACUUACAAGAAAAUUAAUAGUAGAAUUUUUCAAGGGGAAAAUGCGAAAGUUGAGUUACUACGUUCGAUGGCGCCUGUAGAUGGUGCUUUAAUAGUUAGCAGCUGGUGCAAAAUGGGUUUGAAUGAGGCGGAUUUCGGGUUCGGAAAGCCUAUAUGGAUUGUACCUACAGAUGGAAAACAAACCCCUCUUUUGGUAACGAAUGUUUGUUGCAUGACUGAUUAUUGUCAUCCUAUUAUUGGAGAUGGAAUUGAAGCGUGGUUGAUGUUGGAGGAGAAAGAGAUGGAUUAUUUAGAGUCCAAUGCAGAUUUUCUUGCCUUUGCUUCUCCUAAUUAGUAGUAUUAGUACAGUACUUUGCUACUGCCAAUCAUAAUAAAACGCACAACUUCUUCGCA